AGCCAUGCGUCUAGUAAUCAUCUUGUUUGCUUUGAUGAGUCAGACAUUUGGUGGGAGCUUGGUCGAGGAAAUAAGUGACAAUCCUUGUGGAGUUAAUUCAGUUAAGGCCAGUUGUGCAUUCGACUGUCCUUCUGAUUUUUGUCCUCAAGAUGACUCAGGUGAAAUAGCUGUAUGUGAUGCUCCGCAAAAUUGCCCUCCAGGAUGUACAUGUAAAUAUGGUUACAUAAGAGCGAGCCCUAACGACAGAAGUUGUAUAGAACCACAAGAUUGCAGUAAGUAUCAAAAAUAAUUAAGCUAUCGUUAU